AUGAAUUUACCUGAUACAUUAUUGAGUUCAUUAUCAAUAAAAUCUGAUAAUAAUGAAUCAUCUAUACCAUUAUUAUCAACACAAACACAAUCGAUAACUAAUGUUGGUAUUAUGCAUGAUAAGCCUAUAACUGAUUUAGCUUUAAAAACACCAAUUAGUUUUUUACAAGAAAUCUGUUUUCGUAUUCAUGCCACACCAACUUAUAGUCUAUGUCCAAGUGAAGCACAAUGUACAUCAAACGAACCAGCAUUUCUCUAUCGAGUUCUUGUUGAUGAUAUGAUUGCUUUCGGUAAAGGUUCAAGUAAAAAACGUGCUAAACAUAAAGCUGCAUUAUGUAUGAUUGAACAAUGUUAUGCUAAAUUAAAAUUAGCUGAUAGUUUAUUAGUUAAAACUAUUGAACAAUAUUUUUUGUUAAAACCACUACAAACUAGUAAUACAAGUGAUGAUAUAAUGAAUAAUGGUGAAAAAAGUAAUCCAAUAGGUAAACUUCAAGAAUUAACACAAAAAAAUUGGAUUCGACCACCUGAAUACGAAUUUUUCGACCAAGAAAAUGUUUCUGUACCUAAUUCUAAAACAUAUUCAUGUCAAGCUAAAGUUGCUACUUAUAUAGCUGAAGGUAAUGGUCUAUCAAAGAAAAUAGCUAAACGUCAAGCAGCUACAAAUUUACUUAAUAUAUUAGAAAAUCUUGGAUCUGAAGAAAAGAAAGCUUUACUUAAUCGUACUGAAGAACAGUUACUUGAUACAAGUGGUAUACGUGGUACCGGAUCAGCUCGAUCAAAUCGUUUGUAUGAUAAAAAUUCAUUUCAUAUAAUGAAAAAUAGUGAUUUACCUUAUAUAAAAAAAUUACUUUCUGACGAUUAUUAUCAAGAAUUAUCGCAAUCAUAUGAAUUGUUUCAAUAUCUUGCACAAGAACAAAAUUUUACAUAUGAAUUUAUUCAAUUACCAACAAUUUAUCAAGGAUCUAUUGAAUUAUUACUUGAAGUUCGUCUUUUGCCCGUAUCUGUCUUCCAUGGUUAUGGUGAAACAUUUGAUUUAGCUCGCCAAUAUGCUGCUAAUCUAGCAUUAAAAUAUAUUCGAUGUCUUUCUAAACAAUAUCAACAACAACAUUCAUCAUCUGUAAUCACGACUACACCAUUAGUGCAAACGACUGCAUAG